AAGUCAGUAGGUUUCACUUCUCAGUAAUACAGGAAAUAAAAGCUGCUGCUGAUCCAAAUCAGAGAGUCAGUGAGGACGUUUGUUCGGGAGCCGCCUUUAAACUCUGCAAAGACGCUUCAUUAAUUAAGGUAUUCGGUACAUUGCACAGCAGGAAUCCAGGAAAAUGCUCCAGUCUGUGAUAGUAGGACUCGUGCUCAUUUCCUGUACUUGUGGAGAAAAUCCAGCAGUACAAGUCAUCUUGACUGACAAAGGACUGCAGUACGGAAAGGAUCUGGGUGCAAAAUGGAUUCAAGAGAGGCUGAGCCGCGUCACUCUCCCUGACAUCAGCGGUCGAGUCUUGGGCAGCAUAUACUACACGCUAUCGGGAGUCACCAUAACCAAGUGCGACUUUCCAGAGCCCUCCGCUGAGUUCUAUCCGAGCAUCGGAGGGUUGAAGACAUCCGUCUCAGGCCUCAGUGUUGCAGUAACCGGCGGGUGGACGACACAGUUUGGCCUAAUACACGACGGGGGAUCAUUCAACAUGGCGUUGUUCAAAUUGGAUGUGACCUCUGAAGUGGCGCUGGGGAAAGAUGCUCAAGGGCGUCUGUCCGUCACAAGUGCCCAAUGUGUUGCUCGGAUCGGAGAUGUGGACGUACAGUUUCAUGGUGGAGCGAGUUGGAUGUUCAAUCCUCUUGUGAACUAUUUCAAGGGACAUAUCAAGAGUGAAAUAGAGGCUGCAAUCUGCCCUGCUGUGAAAGACUACAUCGUAGACCUGGAGUACCAGCUACAGGCCAUGAAAGUUUCCUUUGAUGUGGAUGUAGACUUUGUUUUUGACCUACCUCUUACCGGCAUCCCCAUCAUUGAUGCUUCAAGCAUGAAUUUGGGUCUAAAGGGAGAAUUCUACAAGAUCAGACCUCGCAUAGACCCUCCCUUCGAGGCCCAGCCUUUCACUGUGCAGACGAAGCCGGGCUACAUGCUGUCAGUGGGCCUCUCUGAGUUCACCCUGAACUCCGCCUCGUUUGCACUCUACUCAGCCAAACUGCUUCAGACCACCAUCAAUGACAGCAUGAUACCUCCAAAAUUCCCUGUGCACCUGAACACCAGCUCUAUGGGGCCUUACGUUCCCCAGCUUCCCAAGAUGUUUCCCGGACUUCUGAUGGAUCUGCAGGUUUAUGCCAGAGAAGUGCCAAUGUUUUCCUUCCAGUCUGGGGUUGUUAAACUGGCCAUUGAAGGUGCUGUUAAGGCUUUCGCCAUCCAGCCAAAUGGUACCCGGAUCCCACUGUUCAAACUCAACAUCGACUCAAAAGUCAGCGGUAAAGUGUGGAUUUCUGAUGGCAAACUGAAGGGCUCCGCGGCACAGGACAACUUCACACUGGCGCUGGAGUCGAGUGAAGUGGGAACCUUUCAGACGGAUGCGUUGGAUCGCAUACUGAAGACGGGACUGAUGCUGGGCAUUGGAAAACUCAACGCGGAUCUAGGCAAAGGUGUCGUUUUGCCCAGAAUGAAAAACACAGAGCUGGUCAACACAGUUCUGGAGAUGGAAAAGGGAUUCAUAGCGAUCGCUUCAGAUGUUAAGGUGUUGCUAGCAGGCUUCAAGUAAAACUCUGUGCGUUUAACUCACCAAACACUGACGGCCUGCAAACGGUCACAGCUUUCAACCAGUGCAGACUGGAUUUGUCGAGCUUCAUCAGAUGAUAAUAAAGAAAUGGAUCUCUGUGAUCAAUGGAA